AUGGCUGAUGAUCUUAAAGUAGUAUUUGACUCAGAAGUUUCGGGAUUUGAUCCAAGAGAACUCAGAUCCAAUAUCAGCUGUAAAGACAGGCUCAUUUUCAUAUUCAGAGUCAAUGGAGAUAUAUUUGGAUUGUAUCAAGAUGGAUUUGUACAACCAUCCAAACCAAAUUCAAUGAAUGUUGAAACAGACAACUUCUUUUUGUUCUCUUUCAAAUUAACUGACUCUACUCCCUCUGUAUAUUCGAGAAAAACACAAAAGAAAAGUUCAUUUAUUCUGUAUCCAGACUCCAAUAAAAUGGUCAUUUCUGUAUUUUCUGCGUUUUGGAUGGACAAAGAGGGGAUAAUUUCUUUCAACCCCUGUGUCAAAGACUUCUACGAUAUCAAGAGUCCAUCUUUCAAUCCUUUUGUGGACUCCAACCCAAGAGACAGGCAGCCUUCUGUUUGUUCGAGGUUUCUAGUUUUGAGAGCCUAA